GGUGAAUCUGGUCUGGGAAAGUCGACUCUAAUAAAUUCACUCUUCUUAACGGAUUUAUAUGCUCCGGAUUAUCCUGGUCCAUCGCACAGAAUUAAGAAGACGGUUCAGGUCGAACAGUCAAAAGUGCUAAUUAAAGAAGGUGGAGUUCAGCUGCUUCUCACAAUAGUGGACACACCCGGGUUUGGCGAUGCGGUGGAUAAUAGCAACUGUUGGCAGCCGGUUAUUGACUAUAUUGACAGUAAAUUUGAAGACUACCUUAAUGCAGAAUCUCGCGUAAACAGACGUCAGAUGCCAGACAACCGUGUGCACUGUUGUUUGUACUUCAUUGCACCUUCAGGCCACGGGGAUAUUAACUGCUCUUCUCUCAAUAUCGGUAACCCCGCCUCUUUUAGACUGAAACCAUUGGACAUAGAGUUCAUGAAACGUUUGCAUGAAAAAGUCAAUAUCAUUCCACUCAUUGCAAAAGCUGACACCCUCACACCAGAGGAAUGCCAACAGUUUAAAAAACAGAUAAUGAAAGAAAUUCAGGAGCACAAAAUGAAGAUUUAUGAAUUUCCAGAAACAGAUGAUGAAGAAGAAAAUAAGCUGGUGAAAAAAAUAAAGGACCGUUUACCUCUUGCUGUUGUGGGUAGCAAUACUAUCAUAGAAGUGAAUGGCAAAAGAGUAAGAGGAAGACAAUAUCCAUGGGGAGUUGCAGAAGUUGAAAACAGUGAACACUGCGACUUCACUAUUCUGCGGAACAUGUUGAUAAGGACACAUAUGCAAGAUCUGAAGGAUGUCACCAACAAUGUACAUUAUGAAAACUACAGGAGCAGAAAGUUAGCAGCUGUGACUUACAAUGGUGUGGACAACAACAAAAACAAAGGGCAGCUUACAAAGAGCCCAUUGGCUCAGAUGGAAGAAGAACGAAGGGAACAUGUGGCCAAAAUGAAGAAAAUGGAGAUGGAAAUGGAACAGGUAUUUGAGAUGAAAGUCAAAGAAAAGGUUCAGAAGCUGAAGGACUCUGAAGCAGAACUGCAACGACGCCAUGAGCAGAUGAAAAAGAACCUUGAGGCUCAGCACAAAGAAUUGGAAGAAAAGAGACGCCAGUUUGAGGAAGAGAAGGUCAACUGGGAGACUCAGCAACGUAUACUGGAACAGCAGAAUUCUUCAAGGACCUUGGAGAAAAACAAGAAGAAAGGGAAGAUCUUUUAA